AUGAGCGUUGAAGAUAUACAAAAGGCCAAGCAGACUGUGCCGUUCUCUAGAGAAAGCCUGGAAAGUGUGUUGAAAAGAAGAUUCUUUUUUGCGCCUUCUUUUGAACUAUACGGAGGUGUUUCCGGACUUUACGACUAUGGUCCUCCAGGUUGCGCUUUCCAGGCCAACAUCGUUGACGCUUGGAGAAAACAUUUUAUUUUGGAGGAAGAUAUGCUAGAAGUCGACUGCACAAUGUUGACCCCACACGAUGUGCUCAAGACUUCGGGCCACGUCGACAAGUUCUCCGACUGGAUGUGCAGAGACAUGAAAACUGGUGAGAUCUUCAGAGCGGACCAUCUGGUCGAAGAAGUGCUAGAAUCGCGCCUAAAAGGUGACCAGGAGGCUCGUGGACUCGUCAAGGACGCCAACGCUGAUGCUAAGGACGACGCCGACAAGAAGAAGAGAAAGAAGAAGGUUAAGGAAAUCAAGGCCGUUAAGCUCGACGACAACGUUGUGCAGGAGUACGAAGAGAUUUUGGCCAAGAUCGAUGGCUACUCGGGUGAAGAAUUGGGUGAGCUCAUGGUCAAGUACAACAUCGGCAACCCUGUCACUGGCGAAACCCUCGAGCCUCCAAGAGCUUUCAACUUGAUGUUCGAAACUGCCAUCGGUCCUUCCGGUCAAAUUAAGGGUUACUUGAGACCAGAAACUGCUCAAGGUCAAUUCUUGAACUUCAACAAGCUUCUGGAAUUCAACAACAACAAGGCUCCAUUUGCGUCUGCAUCCAUCGGAAAGUCUUUUAGAAACGAGAUCUCCCCAAGAUCCGGUCUCCUCAGAGUUCGUGAAUUUUUGAUGGCGGAAAUCGAACAUUUCGUUGACCCACUAGAGAAGUCUCACCCUCGUUUCGCCGAGAUAAAGGACGUCAAACUGAAGUUUUUACCUCGUGAAGUUCAACAAUCCGGAUCGACUGAGCCCAUCGAAUCAACUGUCGGUGAUGCCGUCUCUUCCAAGAUGAUUGACAACGAGACUUUAGGUUACUUCAUUGCCAGAAUUUACCUGUUCUUGAUGACUAUCGGAGUGGACCCAACCAAGUUGAGAUUCCGUCAACACAUGGCCAACGAAAUGGCGCAUUACGCUGCCGACUGCUGGGAUGCCGAACUCAAGACUUCUUAUGGUUGGAUAGAAUGUGUCGGUUGUGCUGAUAGAUCUGCCUAUGAUUUGACUGUUCAUUCCAACAAAACUAAGGAGAAAAUGGUUGUAAGGCAAAAACUAGAUGAGCCCAUCCAAGUUACCAAAUGGGAAAUCGAAUUGACCAAGAAACUUUUCGGACCAAAAUUCAGAAAGGACGCACCAAAAGUGGAGGCCUACCUAUUGGGUUUGACACAAGAGGAGCUAGAAUCCAAGGCCAAGGAUUUGAAGGACGCUGGUAAGAUUGUGUUCUUCAUCGAGGGCAUUGAAGGACAAAUCGAACUUGAUGAUAAGUUCGUGACUAUUGAGCAGAAGACUAGAACCGAGCAUGUUCGUGAAUUUGUUCCAAAUGUCAUCGAGCCAUCGUUUGGUAUCGGCCGUAUUAUCUAUUCCAUUUUCGAGCACUCUUUCUGGUCCAGACCCGAGGACACUGCCAGAGCCGUUCUUUCUUUCCCACCAUUGGUGGCCCCCACAAAGGUUCUUUUGGUUCCUCUAUCUAACCACCCUGAUUUGAGCGCCGUUGCCCAGGAAGUAGCCAAGGUCUUCAGAAAGGAGAAGAUUCCAUUCAAAAUCGACGACUCUGGUGUGUCGAUCGGUAAGAGAUACGCCCGGAACGAUGAAUUGGGUACUCCUUUCGGUGUCACAAUUGACUUCGACUCUGUCAAGGACAACACUGUCACUUUGAGAGAGAGAGAUUCCACCAAGCAGGUGAGAGGCUCGGUCGAAGACGUUGUCAAGGCCAUUCGUGAAAUCACUUACAAUGGCACCACUUGGGAUGAAGGCACCAAGUCCCUAAAGCCUUUCGUCGGACAAACCGAAUAG